UCAUCUAUUUAACAAAUUAAGCUUGCUCCUAUAGUUCUUCCAUUGAGCAUGGAGAUGGUUGAUGAGCUAAACCGGAUGAAAUGCUUCCUAAAAGAUGCAGAUACAAAGCAUAAAGCAGGAGCCACAGAGCGCAACUUUGUUAUAGAGAUUCAAGACAUCGCUUAUGAUGCUGAAGAUGUUAUCGAAACUUUUGUCCUCAGGUUAUCAUUUAGGAGGGAGAGAAGAGGAGGUGAUAUCCAAUAUUUUUUUAUAAGAUAUGGCUGCAUCUUUAACAAACUUAUAGAUCGCCACAAUGUUGGGUUAGAGAUCAAGGCUAUUAAAGUCAGAAUUUCUCAACUUUCCACAAGUUUACAAACUUAUGGUAUAAGAUCUAUAGCGGAAGGUGAUCAAGGGUCAUCAAGUUCAGCACACGAAAGGCAACGUCUACUAAGGCGAACAUAUUCUCGUGUUAUUGAAGAUGAUUUCAUAGGCUUGGAGAAUGAUGUGAAGAAAUUGGUGGAAUAUCUGUUGAAUGAAGACAAAGAUAGUUACAACUGGCAUCAAACUGUUUGUAUUUGUGGCAUGGGUGGUUUGGGAAAGACCACUCUUGCUCAAAAAGUGUACAAUCACAAAGAUGUUAAGCGUCACUUUGAUGGUGUUGCUUGGGCUUGCAUAUCUCAGCAACUCCAGAAACAAGAUGUUUUGCAAGAGAUCCUGAUCAAACUUAUCCCUGAGAAGAAGGACGAGAUUCGCCGUAUGGGAGAAGCAGAGCGGACCAGAGAGCUCCAUCAAGUCCUAUCUGAAAAAAAAUGUUUGAUAGUUCUUGACGACAUUUGGGAAAAGGGGGACUGGGACAUCUUGAAAUCUGCAUUUCCCAUUGGAAAAAGGAGCUGCAGCAAAAUAUUACUCACCACACGUAAUAAAGAAUUGGCUUUACACGUGAAUCCACAUGGAUUACUCCAUGAACCACCAUUGUUGACUGAAGGUGAAGCUUGGGAACUGCUUCAAAAGAAAGCACUUAGAAGAGCACAUGGUUCAUCAGACAAUAGACCUCUGAAAAAAAUUGAAGAGUUGGGGAUCAAAAUGGUUAGACAUUGUGGAGGUCUACCAUUAGCUGUUGUUGUGCUUGGAGGUAUUUUGGUAAUCAAACAUACAGAGGAGGAGUGGGAGAAAGUGCAUAGGAAUAUUAAUUCACACAUAAGUAAGGGCACAAGUGUGGGGCAUGAAGAUGGAGGAGUAUCACAAGUGUUGGGUUUAAGUUACGAUGACUUGCCAUUUCAGUUGAAGCGAUGCUUUCUCUAUUUAGGCAGCUUUCCGGAGGAUUCUCGGAUUGAAUUAGAGAAAUUAUAUGAAUUGUGGAUAGCUGAAGACUUGAUAUUGUCAGGUGACACAGAAGUAGAAGACACAAUGAUGGACGUCGCAGAGCGUUACUUGAGUGAAUUGGCACAAAGGUACAUGGUUCACUUGGGAGUAGAGUCGUCCAUGGAUAUAGGCAAUUAUGAAAGUUUAAAAUAUUGCAGGCUUGACGACAUGAUGCGAGAAUUAAGCAAGUCAAGAAGUAAAGGAGAAAUUUUUUUCAAUGUGAUUGAUUCUGAGAAAAUUUCAUCAUCAUCAUCAUCAUCAAAUGCUAAAGUACGCAGAGUUGCCAUCCAUGGGCAUUUGGGGAAGGAGGAGGAUUAUGGUGAUUGGCUUUCAACUCAGUACAACCUUCGGUCGGUGCUUUUAUUUAGAGAUAAUGCUUUAAUUCCGAUAAUAAAUUCAUGGCAUUGGAAAGACUUGAAGGUGUUGAGAGUUGUUCAUCUUGAAGUGAGGGAACUUGGAAAGUUACCCAAAGCAAUUGGAAAGUUAAUCCAUUUGAGAUAUUUGAGUUUAAAAGAACUAUUUUUUAAAGGUUGUAGAGGACUCGAAUCGUUGCCAUCGUCUAUAGGCAACUUGAGAUGCUUGCAAACCCUAGAUUUAAGGAAUAAUUAUCGUAUGAGAAUACCAAAUGUGUUAUGGAAGAUAAAAAGCUUGACACAUCUAUAUCUUUGUGAAAGAAUAAAAAGAAAAGGAAAAAAGAUGAGAUUGUCAGGGUUGGGCAAGCUGGAGAUCCUGGAAAAUUUCGAUUCAAGUAGUUGUGAUGUUAAAGACCUAUCCAACCUCAAAAAUCUUAGGAAACUGACAGCAAGUAUUUGGAAUGAUGACGUGGUGGUGGCCGACUUCGUCAAUUAUCUAAGCGGCUACGACUUUAAGUCAGAAGAAGAGCUAAUUGUUUUGGUAAAGUGUCGUCAUCUUAAUACAUUGGAAUUAAAUGGUGUUAUCCGAGGUGGUAAGUAACCUGCAGUACACCACCUCUCUCCAAGCCUCACCACAUUGUCUUUAAGUAAUUCUAAACUCAAGGAGGAUCCUAACUUAACACGCCUCUCCUUGUGG